CUCCGUGGAAGAGAACAACAUACAGUUUUUUGAAAAUUGUGUUUCUUUUGUUGUUUUGUGUAUAAUGACGAGUUUAUCGUGAAGUGUUGUGACAAUAUGAUAAUAAUUUACAUUGAUAUAAUUUUAUUGGCUAUUCUGUUACUGCUACUUUUAUUCACGUGUGGUUACUGCUGGUAUCGCGUGCAUAGCCUUCAACGCAGUGGACAGGUUGCUAUAUUGUUGCGACCAACCAAAGUCCUUUUCUCACACAAAAAGGAGGGAGAGGUCAAUGAACAGCUAAGAACUGUAGUUGCCUAUCAAAACCCAUUCACGGGCGAUUAUUGCGUGCACAAAAGUAGGGGGCCUAAGGGUUACGUCAAUUCCAUGGACUCCCCGGAUUCCCCUGACAGUGGGGUGUCUGACGCCUACGAGCCGUUGAACCUUGUACCGCAGCCUCGGGGGAUAGACGAGCCGAGACAGAGUCUUCAGAUACACGAGCCCUUGAAGCCUCCAAUAUCUCCCAUCUACGACAACAGCGUCAACAAAACUUGGAAAUGGGAUUACACUGAGUACCAAAUUUAAAACAAAUCAGAGGAUAUAAAUUCGGCGCUUAGAUUUAUCUUUUAAAUAUUCUUCAUAUAGGCGAUGAUGGUUAUAUUGUGAUAUAUGUUAACUUGGUUGUAGGGCAUUAUCUAAGCCCUUUCGGGUAGGUACCAUCCAUUGAUCACAUAUGCAACCGCCAAACAGUAAUAUUUAGUAUUGGUGUGGUUCGGUUUUAAGGUUGAGUGUGCACUGUAACUUCAGGCACAAGGGAUCAUAUAUCCCGUGAUUUGUGAUGAAUUAUUGCUGGUAUCUAUGGCCGAUUUAUCACUUGCCGUCAAAAGAUCCACUUGUUCGUCUUUCUUACUUAAAUAAAAUUUAAAAAGCCCGUUUAUAUCUGACAUUGCAGCUGACGGAGGUAUAACAAGAUUUAGUUACAUUGAAAAAGGUUAUGCGAGACCGUUGUCAAGGAACCAUUGAAUUGACAAAGGUGAAUGAAAAAAGAAAAUAAUCUUUAAUGAAAUUGUUUCGUUUUGAUUAUCUGUUUCAUUUAAAAAAAUAUAUUUAAAGACAACAAGGACAUGUAUGUUGAGGUUAGAUUAAACAGACAUUUGUUUAAGUGUGCUAAAUAAGAUGGCACUUUAAAAGGGUCAAAUUGGAUUAAGUUAAGCUUAGCGCGUGCCUACAAUAAGACAAAAGUGUCCGCUUAACAAACUAUAUAACUUAAAAAAGGCUGUGCAUUGAUAGUGAGUCAGUCAUGACAUUGGAUUUUAUUAUACAUAGUGUAGAAAUAAUUUAUUGCACAUAACUUUAUGCUGAUACGAAAAUUAUAAUUAAACUAAACUGCAACCAAAUAGUAUUAGUACUCGUUGGUAGUGGUGGUAGGGCUUUGUGCAUAUGUUGGGUAGGUACCACCUUCUCAUCAUAUAUUGUACCGUCAAACAGCAAUACUAGUAUUGUUGUGUUCCAGUUUGUAGAAUCCAGCCAGUGUAACUACAGGCACAAGAGACUUAGCAUAGUUCUCAAGGUUGGCGCAUUUACCAUUAUGAUGGUGACCACUUACAAUCAGGUAUUUGCCAGUCUGUCUACAUAUUAUAAUAUUAAAAAAAAUACCCAAAUAGGUUUCGAAACUUAACUAAUAAAUAAUUGAUGUAUUGUAAAAUCUAAUUGUGGUACUUUAAAAAUAAUUAAGUAUUUCUCAAAUCAGUACACGAACGCGGAUUCAGUCCCUGCUCGUGACUUAUAUUAGGUUUAUACUUAUUUAGAACUGACUUUCUUAUUUUUAAUGAAUUUCUUGUUUGUAAAUUAUAGUAGU